UGGAAGAGAUUGUGAAAUUAGAGAGAAAGCUAUUCCCCAAACACGAAUCACUCGCGAGGUCAUUCAACGAGGAGCUAAGCAAGAAGAACUGUGGAUUGCUUUACUCGGAGGUCGCCGGAGAAGUUGCAGGUUACAUUAUGUACUCAUGGCCUUCUUCCUUGUUUGCUUCCAUCACCAAACUUGCAGUGAGGGAGAAUUGCAGAAGGCGAGGGCAUGGAGAAGCAUUGAUGAAAGCGGCGAUUGAGAAAUGCAGAACAAGGAAGAUCCAGCGUGUGACUCUUCACGUUGAUCCGUCGAGGACGGCGGCCGUUGCUCUUUAUCGUAAACUGGGUUUUGAAAUCGAUAAACUGAUUGAAUGUUAUUAUUCUUCAGAUCGACAUGCCUAUAGAAUGUAUUUGGACUUCAACAAUGAUUAAUAGAAACAUCUCUGUUGUGUUCUUGAUCAA